UAAGAACUUGCUCUUAAUUUUCUUUGGUUCGUUUUACUGACAAAUGGCCGUUCGGGGUUCCGAGUCGCAGCAGGGUCCCGCAGGUAUGUACAAACUGAGGCAUAUUACUCGGGAUCCCUGAGAGUAAAUUUCGGCAAGCUCGUCUUGCGGUAUAAAAUGCAGGCCAUGGAAGACCUUAGCUUUUUGCUCUAGGCUUGUAUCUCCGCGCACGCUCCCCCUACUUCCUUCAAUCGUCCCUCCCCCCACUGCCACCAUGUUGCCCAAAUCUUUCGCACUUUUUGCUGCCUUCGCUGCUUUCGCCUCUGUAUUUGCUUCCCCCAUUCCUGGCAGUGUGGCUGACGUUACUGCCGUUGUUGAGGACGUUGCCAACGAUCUCACGGUCAAUGUGGGAACUCGUGCUGAAGCAGUUGAAAAUGAUUCCCCCUCCUUCGACGAGGUCGUCAAAUUGUUUGAACUCUCGCGGCGAGAUGACGGAUGCAGUGUCAUUGACAUCGACGGUAUCAUCUACAACGUGCUUAACAACGGUACAAUCACUGUCUUGAAGCGCGAUGACUGCAAUGUUGCCAGAGCUACUGCUCAGAUCAGGGAUGUUGUGAACAAGGCCAGAGCCAACGCUCUCAGCGCCAGGUCCAAACGCGGUGAGGAGAAACGUUACUCGUAUGAAGAAAUCGAAGCAAUUGUCGUCAGCGAAGCGAACAAUUUGAAGAAGACCAACGCGGCAACUCGGUCAAAGGCUGACAAACGUGAUGCCGGUGUCUACGCAAUUGUGGAAAGGGUUCUCGACAACUUCCAUGCCGAUGACCUCACGCUAUCCAAGCGUGGCACUUACACUGUCUCCCAAAUUGCCACCGCGGUCAAAAAUGCCCUCGAUGGCGUGACCGGUUCAUCGAAACGCUCAGACAACGUCGACGCUCUUGCCGAACAGGUUCUUGAUGAGUUAUAUGCUCAAGCUGCCAAGCGCACUGAUGACAUCAAUGCUUUUACUGAAAACAGUCUCUAGAACGCGUCGCCUAUGUGAUUCAAUCAUCUCACGGCGGCAUUCCAUACCCGACAGCCAAACACAUACUUCGCUCUUUGUUUAUCACUGUCACUCGAAUACCCUAAUGCAAAGAUCUUCCCUCUUGUCUUUGUACCCAGACGAAGUUUAAUGUCCAA